AUUAAAGAUACGAAACGGUUGUGCUUUAAUUGCAUACAAAACGAACAACACGAGAGUUUUCUCUUGGGAAAUGUCAUGCGCACAUUCAUGCUGUGCGUGCAUAUCCUGAAUGCAAUACAUUUUUAAUGAAUUCAUCAUAUCUCUACUCUGACCAAGGACAUUGGUACGCCUACAUAAACCUUGUGGGUGUUUGAUAGAUUGACAAAAAUUUCGGAAAUAUUUGAACGGUUCUCGGUGACAUUCCUUUUAGAAAUAUAGAUAAGGAACGGAAUGAACAUUCCAACCAUGGAUGCACAUCAGCGAAAUUACCCUCCACGCUACGAAUUCUAUGACGAAACUAGUUUUACUAUUGUUAAUCAGCCGAGCUGCUCUAGUCGCCCAAACCAAACUUCGGUUAACAGAAACUAUCCCAGAGAGCUAGAGAUACUGAACAACCUGACCACAAUUGUGAUCGAAGACGUAACGCUGUUCUGCACCUGCCAAGAAUACAAAACGUACGCAAUUUCCUACCAAGGAACAAAGAUAUUUACAGUACGCGAAAACACCGACUGUUGCACUUAUUGUUGCACCGGUAAUCGAUACAGCACAUCGCUUAACUUUAUUCUGUACGAUCUGCACGAAAAUGGAAUAAUGUCCGUGUUUAAUACAUCGGGACAUUUCGGUAACUAUGUUCAAGUAAAAAUUGCUGGCCAAAUAGUUGGCUCGAUACAGAGAACGUCGGCCUUAUUAUGUAGGCCAAAGUUUUUGAUUCGGAAUGCAAACGGUGAGGUAAUAUUCAAAAUCAAAAGAGUGGUGUGUUUACCUCUGUGCUUCUGGUCAGAGAUUGAUUUUUUUGUCUACAACAUGGAUGACGAAGAAGUCGGAAAAAUAACGAGACAUUGGACUGGCUGUUGUAAUGUGUCGUCUGACACAUUUAGUAUAAAAUUUCCAAGAGAUGCCGACGUUCUCACGAAAGCCCUGUUGAUUGGUGCAUGCUUAUGCGUUGAUUUUACGAGCUUUGAAACGGAAGAAGGCACUCUAGUUUAAUUUAAUCGCAACGGGCUGAGUAAAUUGGAACAUAUCUUUGCUGGCCUGCUUCCCGAAUGAAUGUCAUUAUUUUGUGUGGAUUUUCAUCAAGAAAUGUUGAAAUUCGUCAAUCAAAUCAUCUGAAUGUUGUGGUGAAUUAAAUGUAUAUAAAUGUCGAACAAAAACCU